UCACCCACAAGGUGUGACACCAAAACCGUAUAUAAAUCCACCUCUUCAUCUUUCUGUUUUCCUCGGUCGAUUAGUUCCUUCCAUUUUAGGAUUCUGAUUCGAUCCAAUUCAAACAAAACAUCUUUCUCCUCCCUCCAUCAGUAAUUUUUAUCAAUCGGCUUUUGAUCCAUUUGAGGCUUUCGGAUUGCGGAUCUCUUCUUCUUUUUCAUUUGUUUCUCAUCCGACAAUUGAAUGAUCAAUGGAAUCAAAAGCUGGAAAAAAGUCUAGUAGUAAAUCAUUAAUUUACGAAGCUCCCCUAGGUUACGGUAUUGAAGACGUUCGACCAAACGGUGGGCUCAGGAAGUUCAAAUCUGCUGCUUACUCUAACUGCACCCGCAAGCCGUCCUGAGUUUUAAUACCCGUGCUGCAUAACCCUAGAUAAAAGCGUUCCGUUCUAUUAUUUUGCUAGUCUUUCUUUUCCUUUUCUUUCUCCUUGUUCUUCAUUUCCUCUCUUUGUAACAAACUUUCCUAACACAAGAUGACGUCAGCUAUCGGAUUUGAAGGCUUUGAAAAAAGGCUUGAGAUUUCGUUUUUUAACCCUGGUCCGUCUGUCGACCCCGUAGCCAGAGGCCUACGUUCUUUAACCAAGAACCAACUUGACAAGUUUCUGGCACCGGCUGAAUGCACCAUCGUUUCUUCGUUAUCAAACGAUUUAUUGGAUUCUUAUGUUCUUUCAGAAUCCAGCCUCUUUGUGUACCCAUAUAAAAUCAUCAUCAAAACAUGUGGCACUACUAAGCUACUCCUUUCGAUCCCACAUAUACUCGAAUUAUCUGGUGAGCUGUCUCUUACGGUCCAAUCUGUAAGGUAUACUCGUGGAAGCUUUAUAUUUCCCGGUGCUCAAACAUUUCCUCACCGUAGCUUCACCGAAGAAGUAAUGGUUCUCGAUAGCCAUUUUGGAAAGCUAGGUAUGUGCAGCAAUGCAUACGUCAUGGGUGGUGCUGAAAAGGAUCAGAAAUGGCACGUCUACUCCGCUUCAGCUGAGUCAGCAAACCUUGUUACACAAACCGCUCCGGUCUACACUUUAGAGAUGUCUAUGACAGGUUUAAGCAAGAGGAAUGCAUCUGUGUUUUUCAAAUCCGAGUCAAGCUCUGCAGCCGUGAUGACUGAAGAUUCCGGGAUCAGAAAAAUUCUUCCGGAAUCCCAGAUUUGUGAUUUUGACUUUGACCCGUGUGGGUACUCGAUGAAUGCUAUAGAAGGGGACGCGAUCUCCACCAUUCACGUGACUCCAGAAGACGGGUUUAGUUACGCUAGCUUUGAAGCGGUUGGGUAUGACUUCAAAUCCAUGGGUUUGACCGUUUUGAUCGAAAGGGUGUUGGCUUGCUUUGAGCCUAGUGAGUUCUCGGUGGCGUUGCAUGGGAACGAGAAUGUAGUGAAAGAUCUCAACUUGGAAAAUAAUGAUGUGAAUGUGAAGGGGUACAAUGUUGAAGAAACAAAGUUUGAAGUUUUGGGUGGAGGAGGAGGGUCAAUGGUGUACUAUGGGUUUGCAAGGGGAGGAAGUAGUUGCGGGUCACCACGGUCAACGCUGCAUAGGUGUUGGAGUGAAACUGAGAAUGAAGAAGAGUAAGUUGAAGUGAAGAGUUGGCAAAAUGGUAAUAUGAUUGCAUGUCUAGUGUGGUUGUGUUGUAAUAUAUGGCUGUGGGUUUGUUGAACUGAGGGAGUAUUAUACUGCUUUUGAUUUUGGUGCAUCUGUUAUCUAUCUAAUUCUGUUUUGUCCUUUGUUUUUUUUAAUUUCCUUUUGGUAUUGUUUCAUGAUCGUUGCAAGAAAAUGUAUGACGACUUGUUAUAUAAUUAAGUUUCAUGGUUAUUUGUUUUA